AUGACUGGAACUAGCACAUUUGCAGUCACCCUCAGAAGUAUGAGGAAAAGCAAGGAUAUUGCAGUGUUUAAAAGAAGCAUGAUAGUGGGUACUGGUCUAGCAGGUGCUACAGUUUCAUUGGUCAGCUGCUCCAAGACCAACAUCUUGGAGAUUCGAGUUUAUCAAUGGCACCAUCUUAAAGAAGCUCUUAUUGAUAAGAGGUCAAAACUUGGUGAAUCCCAGUCUCUACAACAGUUCAGUAGAGAUGCUGAUGAGAUUGAGAACUGGAUUGCAGAAAAGAUACAGAUAGCCAAAGAUGAGUCGUAUAGAGAUCCUGCUAACAUUCAAAGCAAACACCAGAAACAUCAAGCCUUUGAAGCUGAAAUUGCUGCUAAUGCUGAUAGAGUCCAGGCUGUUUUGGGUCUUGGUCAAAACUUGAUCGACAAGCACCAGUGUGCUGGCUCAGAAGAAGCAGUGAAGGCUAGACUUGUGUCCCUUGCUGACCAGUGGGAGCACUUGACCCAGAAAUCAUCAGAGAAAAACUUGAAGUUAAAAGAAGUGAACAAAGAAAGAUCAUUUAAUGCUGCCGUAAAAGAUCUAGACUUUUGGUUAGGCGAGGUGGACUCUCUUCUGGAAACAGAUGAUUCUGGAAAAGACUUAGCUUCAGUACAGAACCUGAUCAAGAAACAUCAACUGGUAGAAGCUGACAUCACUGUCCAUGAGGACCGUAUCAAGGACAUGAACAACUUGGCUGACGGUCUGGUAGAGUCAGGACAGUUUGAUUCUGCUUCUGUGCAAGAGAGGCGUACUUCCAUUAAUGAAAGAUACGAACGCGUCAAAACUCUUGCUGCUUAUCGUAGGUCUCGACUUGAUGAGGCUUACACUCUUCAUCAGUUCUUCAGGGACAUUGCUGAUGAAGAAUCUUGGAUUAAAGAGAAAAAGCUCCUUGUUGGCUCAGAUGAUUAUGGUCGUGACUUGACUGGAGUCCAAAAUCUUCGGAAGAAACACAAGAGGUUUGAGGCUGAGUUAGCUUCUCACGAACCAGCAAUCCAGGAUGUCCAGGAAGCAGGUCAAAAACUAAUGGCCGAAUCAAACAUUGGUGUGCCUGAAAUUGAACAGAGACUUAAAGCAUUAGCUCAAGCCUGGCAGGAACUUAAGGAGGUGUCCAAUGAUCGAGGAAACAAGUUAGAAGAAUCUUUGACGUACCAGCAGUUCCUUGCCAAGGUGGAAGAAGAAGAAGCUUGGAUUUCUGAAAAACAGCAACUUUUAUCUGUUGAAGAUUAUGGUGACAACAUGGCUGCUGUACAGGGGUUAUUGAAAAAGCAUGAAGCCUUUGAGUGUGACUUUGCUGUACAUCGAGAACGUUGUGGAGAUAUAACACAAGCAGGUGACCAACUUAUAGCAGACGGUAAUCAUCAUGCCGACAGUAUUCGUCAACGUCUACAGCAACUGCAGGAUCGACUAAAUGCCUUGGAGGCCAGCACUAUCAGGAGGAAAGGAAAACUGAAGGAUAAUUCAGCUUAUUUACAAUUCAUGUGGAAAGCCGAUGUUGUUGAGAGUUGGAUCGCGGACAAAGAAGUUCAUCUUCGAUCCGAAGAUUAUGGUAGAGAUUUGUCUUCGAUUCAGACGUUGCUUACGAAACAGGAAACAUUUGAUGCUGGAUUGCAAGCUUUUGAACAGGAAGGAAUCCAGAGCAUCACACAGCUGAAAGAGGAACUUUUGGUAGGAAAUCAUGACAAUACCAGCAGCAUUGUAAAACGUCAUGAUGAUGUCAUGACCAGGUGGCACAAUCUCAUGGCAGCAUCGGAAGCCCGUAAACAUCGCCUCCUAACCAUGCAAGAUCAGUUUAAACAGAUUGAAGAUCUCUUUCUUACCUUUGCCAAAAAAGCUUCAGCAUUUAAUAGUUGGUUUGAAAACGCAGAAGAAGACCUGACUGAUCCUGUCCGCUGUAAUUCGAUUGAGGAAAUUAGGGCCUUGCGUGAAGCCCAUUCUCAGUUUCAGGCAUCACUGAGCUCAGCCCAAUUAGAUUUUGAUGCACUGGCAGCUUUAGAUCAGGAGAUCAAAAACUUCAAUGUUGGCUCAAACCCUUACACUUGGUUCACCAUGGAAGCAUUAGAAGAAACCUGGCGAAACUUGCAGAAAAUCAUUGAGAACAAUUCUGACUCUUUCAUGUAUUUCUCCUGUAGAAACCAGAGUGGUGUUUCAGAAGAUGCACUAAAAGAGUUUAGCAUGAUGUUUAGACACUUUGACAGAGAAAAGAUUGGAAAAUUGAACCAUUAUCAGUUCAAGAGUUGUCUGCGAGCUCUGGGUUACGAUCUCCCAAUGGUGGAUGAAGGACAACCUGAUCCAGAGUUUGAAGCUAUCCUUAAUGUUGUUGAUCCAAACAGGGAUGGAUUUGUGUCCUUGCAAGAGUACAUGGCCUUCAUGAUAUCUCGUGAAACCGAAAAUGUGCGAUCUAGCGAAGAUAUUGAAAAUGCCUUCCGAGCAAUCACGUCCGGUGACCGUCCAUAUGUCACAGCUGAUGACUUGUAUGCGAACCUCACUGUUCAAAUGGCCGAUUACUGCGUGUCCCACAUGAAACCGUACGUGGAACCUAAGAGCGGCCGCACCAUAACUGGAGCGUAUGAUUAUGUGGAAUUUACUCGCUUACUUUUCCAGAAAUAAUUUGUUUUGCCUUGUCUGUGAAGUCACUAUAAUCCUAGAAAUAUGCAUUAGCUAAUAUAUAUAUGUGAGAAGCUUUCUAUCGAUUGAAUAAAACUUGGCAGUCUUGUUUGUCAGAAACUGUAAUGUUCAAAAUAAUAUUUAAGUUUAAAUGAUUGAUGGUUUCUAAUAUGAUAGUGAGUUUUUUACAACUAAUGUAUUAAGCAAAUCUCUUUUUAUUUAAGUCACAAUAAUUUAUUUGUUUUAGUUUAGUUAUUAUUUUGGUCUUAGAAUUUUUGUUCAGUAGCUGCCCCAUAUACAGGUAGUGUUAUUUUGAUCAGAUCUUAUUUACGUUACGUACUUUGAACAUUUUCGACAUUGUUAGAAAAUGGAUAGUGAGCUAAAUAAUGACUAAUAAAUCAGAACUAAGCCACUAUAUCUGCCUAAUCAUACAACAUUUCUAGGGUUUAAUUUGAUUAUUAAUAUAUUUUUUAAGUCUGAGAGGCGAGUAUCAUUAAAUUUAGAAAUUUUAUGUUGAACAAAGUAACAUCUUAACGUGAGAAACAUGAUAUUCUCAGAGAGUUUUUGUGCUAUCUUCACACGAAAAAUAAACAAAUUUUUAUACAAAUACUCCAGUAUUGAUACUUUAACUCUCACACUGUUGGACAGUGUAUAAAGCAUCUGUUUAUUAAUAUAAUAUAUAUAUUUUAUCUUAAAAUGUUUGCAUGUAAUUUUACAAAGAUGUUGUUAGAACUGGCCUUCAUUGAAGCAUAACAGUUUAAGUAUUGACUUCAAAAAGAAGCGAUUAAGUACUACCAUACACACGUAUGUGCCUGUGUGUGUGUGUGUGUAUGUGCUCUCUCUGUCUUCUUACUCUGUGUAUUGUUAAACAUUUGCAUUUUUAUAAUAUAUAUAUUUAACUGAAAGUAUUUAUAAUGAAUAUUGUUUAAACUUGUGCGCUGUGUCGUUAGGUAGUGAAAACGUGUAUAACGUGAAGUUAAAAGUAGUUUUUCUGGAAAGGUUUUCAUCUAAUAUUUAAUAGGUAAGAAAUAAUUAUUGCCGGUUUUCCGUACCUGUAUUUAUUUAGAGUUGUACUUUAAUUUUUUUAAAUUAUAUUAAAUAAUAAUACUAAUAAAAUUUAUUUACUUUACUUAGCAAAGUUUCUAUUUUCUGAAAGCUUCACAAAAGCCUUAAGCGAUUUGAUCACUGUAGUCCAAGAUAAGGUGUUAUUUGGGUUGGACUGUUGUUAAAAGUUAUUUUAAAUAAAUUUAUUCCUCAUUGA